AUGCAUCUGCCCUCGCUGUCCCUCGCUUGGGCCCUCGCAGGCUCCUCCUUGGCCUUGCCGCAAGCCGAGCAGCCGGUGUUGCAGGAUGACAGAGCGUCGUCUCGUGCAGCCGCCGUCAAAGAGGCCUUUUCGCAUGCCUGGGAUGGCUACAAGAAAUAUGCCUUUCCUCACGACGAGCUGCACCCCAUCUCCAAUGGCUACGGCAAUUCCAGAAACGGCUGGGGCGCAUCGGCCGUUGACGCCCUGUCCACGGCCAUUGUGAUGCGGAACGCGACCAUUGUCCAUGAGAUCCUCGAUCACAUCGCCACCAUCGACUAUUCCAAGACCUCGGAUACCGUCAGUCUGUUUGAAACGACCAUCCGCUAUCUCGGGGGCAUGCUGUCCGGCUACGACCUGCUCAAAGGCCCCGCCGCCGACCUCGUCAAGGAUACUUCCAAAGUGGACAUCCUCCUGAAGCAGUCGAAGAACCUCGGUGACAUUCUCAAAUUCGCCUUUGAUACUCCGUCGGGCGUGCCGUACAACAACAUCAACAUCACCUCUCAUGGCCACGACGGCGCCAAAACCAACGGCCUGGCGGUGACCGGCACACUGGUUCUGGAAUGGACCCGCCUGUCCGAUCUGACGGGAGACCCCGAGUAUGCGCAACUCAGCCAAAAGGCCGAAUCCUAUCUGCUGCACCCGCAGCCCAGCUCGGCUGAACCGUUCCCGGGCCUCAUCGGGAGCAACAUCGACAUCAAGACCGGCCAGUUCACCGACGGUCACGUCAGCUGGAACGGUGGCGACGACUCUUACUAUGAGUAUCUGAUCAAGAUGUACGUGUACGAUCCCACGCGGUUUGCACUUUACAGAGACCGCUGGGUGGCCGCCGCGGAGUCGAGCAUCGAACAUCUCGCCUCUCACCCGGCGUCUCGCCCGGAUCUAACCUUCCUGGCGACCUACGACGGCGGUCGCUACGGACUCAGCUCGCAGCACCUGGCCUGUUUCGACGGCGGGAACUUCUUGCUGGGCGGGACGGUGCUGGACCGCCGCGACUUGAUCGACUUUGGGUUGGCGCUGGUCGAUGCUUGCCAUGAAACGUACAGCCAAACGCUGACGGGGAUCGGCCCCGAGAGUUUCGGCUGGGAUGCAAACUCGGUCCCGGCCGACCAGAAGGAGUUGUAUGAGCGCGCCGGCUUCUAUGUCCAGAAUGGUGCGUACAUUCUGCGACCGGAGGUGAUCGAGAGCUUCUACUAUGCGUGGCGCGUGACUGGCCGGAGCGAGUACCGCGACUGGGUGUGGACGGCAUUUGUGGCGAUCAACAAGACGUGCCGCACGGGCUCUGGAUACGCUGGCCUGACCAAUGUCAACGCAGAGAACGGAGGGGGUCGCUACGAUAACCAGGAGAGCUUCCUGUUUGCGGAGGUGUUGAAGUAUGCGUAUCUGACGCACUCCGAAGAGCUAAUGGCAGCAGAGGAUGCAUGGCAAGUCCAACGGGGAGACGGCAACCAGUUUGUGUUCAACACUGAAGCGCAUCCCAUCCGGGUUCAUCAUUCCUAG